AUGGCCUGGGGCAACCAGGAAAUGGAUUGGGCUUUAGCGAAGCCUCGUCUCCAGCCACCAAACGAGCUGCCACUGACUUUGGAGAAGGUGAAGGAGAUGAGAGAGAAUCAGGAGUACUUCUCGCGGGAGAAGAACCAUGAAAUUCUCAUGAGUUCUUGGGAAACGCUGCUGAAACGGCUGAAGGAUCAGCGUGGUGGUGUGGUGCGUGUCGAUAUUACCUGCAGUCGUCCUUGGCCAAAGAUGGUUGCUGGAGCAGCAGACAAAGCCCGAAGCAAGCUGGUUGGUGCUGGGAUCACAGAAUGCUUUAUGGAAAUAAGCGAUAGCUGCAAGAAUGCCCGCACCGAUACGGCCCAGCCAUUCUUUGUGCUGACUCAUGAAGAUGGCUGGCAAGUAAUGUAUCACCCAAAAAAGAAGAAAGAAGGCUUGCUAGCUUUCCGGCUUCGUGAUGAUCCUCAUGGGGAUCUCCGAUUUGACGAAGCCGAGCCUGAUAAGGAGGAUCGAACACUGGCUUUUGAACUCGCCGCCGAGGGGAAGGUGAAGAGCAUCGCAGCCAAGAUGCGAGAUUUUCAAAAAAGUCGCAGGCCAAAUGGCUGGAAAGCGGAUGAUUUUGAAAUUGGACCCAACGUGUGGGCUUGGGUUCUGACCAAGGGCCUCAAGGAUGAAUUUUGGACAUGGCUUGCCAACCCCACGAAGGCAGUCGAUUCCCAAGAGCCUCCCAAGCCGUGGCGUGGCUCCUUGGAAGACCAUGAGAUCCAGUUGGACCUAGAAGGAGAAGAGGAUGGCGUGCAAAUCUGCAAGGCCAUCACCAUGCAAGGGGAAGAUCUACCAGUGGCAGAGGCUUUGGACAGGAUACGUAUGGCAAACAUUGGGCAGAAGGCGUCUAUGGCAGUGAAGCCUGAACCUCCGGAAGAAGGUUUUUUAAAAGUCAAAGACCUGCUAUAUACGCAACGUUCAUGCAGAGAAAUAUUCAAGAGCGGCCCCUAUCGAGGCCGCAAACUUGAAGAGUGCACUGCGGGUUUGAUAGCAGGGAAACUUGACCCAACCAGGACACAAUGGCUGACCCUGGAUGUGGUGAAGGACACGCAGGAUGGAAAACUAUGGUCAAUUGACAAUCGCCGGCUAAAGUGCCUCAAAGAGUACCAAAAGUAUCUUGACCAGAGCGGUACCGAUAAAACGGUCAUGGUCAAAGCAAGAAUACAUCAGUGGACUGAAACGCACUGCAGGUUUCUCGAUCAUCUUGAUACAUGGUGCCACGGCAAAGACAUCCGUGUUCGAAACGGAAAGAGGCCCAGACCAGAUUGGGAUUGACUUGGAAAGCAUCCACCUGCCACCUGCAGUGUGAAAUAUAAAGGUACCUGUAUGUGAGUGCUACCAAGAAUGUAGGGUGCAAACCCACUCACAUUUGUUUGGAGGUCCAGUUGCACUACGGUGGAAAGCCAGCAACUUCCAACGGCUCCACCAUUUCUAUCUUUACCAUUCACCAGGCUCAGAUCUUGCUG